AUGACAGAAAGCAACCCAUUUCGAAUUGUUAUUGUGGGUGGUGGUAUAGCCGGCCUCACGGCUGCUAUUGCGCUCCGCGGCCCUGACAGGCAAAUCACAGUGCUUGAGCAGUCUCGACUCAAUAAAGAGAUCGGAGCAUUGAUUUCUCUUCAGCCAAAUGCUACAAAGAUUGUGUAUGAUACAUGGAAAUUGGGCGAAGAGCUUGAGGAUGCCCGCUCAAUGGUAGACGAGGGUUUCCGGGUGUAUUCAACAGAGGGUAAAUUAGUGACUGAAGUCCCACUUACAACGAAGAUAGAAUAUGGCGCUAGCCGUAUUGUCUAUCAUCGGAUGGACUUGCAUGAUGCACUUAAAAAAGCUGCACAGAAGACUUCUACCAUUAGGGUUGCAUCCCGGGUGGUUGAUUGUGAUCCGUUGAACGGGAUAGUGCAUCUUGAGAAUGGUGAAAAGAUUGAGGGAGAUGUCAUUAUUGGGGCAGAUGGAAUACAUAGCAUUUUGCGCAAUUAUGUAGUCGAUCAUGAUCAGACUCCAAAGCCCACGGGCCAUUCAGCAUAUCGAUUGAUGUUCCCCACAAGGGUGCUUGAAGAACACGAGAAGGAAUUUUGCGACAGAAUCAAUCCUCGAAGCCCAUUCACUUCAAUGGUUAUUGCCCACGAUUGCCGGCUAAUCAUGGGUCCGGGAAGACAAGGUGAUGUUUUUGGUAUUGUUGCAAUGGUCUCGGAUGAGCGAAUGAACGAGGAUCCCAAUGCAAGCCAGUCUUGGGUUUCGGAAGGAAGCCUGGAAAAAUUGCAGGAGACUUUCUCCGAGUUCCCUUCUUGGAUAACAAGCAUAUUUAAACAUUCAACAGAUCUAGGGUUAUGGCAACUGCGAGAUAUUGACUCAUUGGAGAAAUGGUCUCGAGGCCGCCUCAUUUUGAUGGGAGACGCCGCCCAUGCAAUGCUUCCUACACAGGGUCAAGGAGCCAGUCAAGCAAUUGAGGACUCCGAGGCCCUGGGUGCUUUUUUCGAGGAUAUCACUGAGAAGCCGUCCAUCAAAGAAAUAAGUUCUAUAUUCACAAACAUAUUCCAGAGUCGACAUGCUCGUGCGAGUCUCAUACAAGCGUAUAGCCGACAAGCUGCAAAACCCGGUACAGCAAAAGGGAAGAAGACGGUCACAAUGAGGCCGGAUGAAUUCAUGGCUUACAACUGCAUGUAUAACGGCGCCAAAGAGUGGCUGCAAAAGCAGGCAUAA